AUGAAAAGAAACAACAGUUCUUUUGGAUAAUAAGAAACUGUUUACAAUCUUUCUAAACCGAAUUCAAUGUAAGAAAUAAAUUGUAAGACAUUAUAAUUAUAAUAAGCAUCUAUAUGCAUAAGUUAGGGUUAUUAAUAAAAUAGUUCAUUAAAUUAGUUAUAUGCAAAUAGAUUCUUAGGGGAAUGGAAUGAAGAUAUGUAUACUGUAAUUAGAAAAUAUGUUCCUACAUAUACAAAAGGUUUGAAUUUAUAUACUACAUAUUGUUCUCCAUAGAAUCCUAUAGCCACUAUUGUAAUUAUUCAUGGAUAUGGGGAUCAUUCUGGAAGAUACUUUCAUGUAUAAUAAAUGAAUGAUGAAAUUAGGUGGCAGAUGAAUAUGCUAAAUCAGGCUUUUAAGUUAUUCUUUAUGAUUAGAGAGGAUUUGGAAAUUCUGGAGGCAUUAGAAGUCAUGCUCAUAUUAAAUAAAUGCAUUAAGAUCUGGAAUGCAUAUUAUUGACAAUAGAAAGAUCAUAACCAAUCUUUUUAUAAUGUUAAUCAUUAGGAGCAGCAGUUGGUUUAAGUUUUUGUAUUUCGAAUCCCUCUUUGAUUUUAUAAGGAGUGAUUGUUGUUAAUCCAUAUCUACAAUUUGCUUAAAAAUAUGGAAUCCUUAAAAAGACAUUACUCACUAUAAUGAAUAAGAUUAUUCCAGUAUAAUACAAAUAAAUCAUAGGGAUUAAUGGUCAAUUCCUACAUUGAUUAUGGUCAUUGUAGUAAAAACAACAAUGUAAUCAAAUCAGUAGCUGAAGAUAGUCUAGUCUAAACAUUUAUGAGUGUUGGAAUGGCAUAUAAUAUAUUACAAUUAGAAUAAUAUAUCUUACCUAAUGUAUAAUAGUAAAAGACUUGAUAAAUAAUUUUUAGAUUUGUUUAACCACUCUUAAUUUUACAUGGUAAAGAGGAUAAAGUGGCUAGUCAUAUGAAUUCUGUUGAACUUUAUAGAUUAGCUGGAUCAAAAGAUAAAACAUUAAAAUUGUUUGAUAAAGGAUAUCAUGAAUUAUAAAAUGAUGUUGAAUUUGAUAGAGUUAAAAAUAUUAUAACCACAUGGUGUUAGAAAUAGAUUAAUAAAGAUAAAAGAAUAAGUAUAUUUUCAAUAAUUAAUUUUAAGGUUAUUUUAGAGAAUUGAAUCAUGGUUUAUUAGCAAAGUAUAAUAAUAGUACAAAAAUGAUUAUAUUUUAAUGGAUACUUAUAUAUUUCAUGUUGAGAAAGUAUUAAUUAAUUAGAUAAAUUAGUAAAAUGAAAAAUCUAGGAAAAAUAGCUAGAUUUAUUUGUAUAUUAGCAUUAAUGAUUGCUUCACUUAUUGUUCAUAUAAGGUGGUGA